AUGUCAAACAAUCGAGUCCAUGGCGACCUGAAUAACACCGAGGUUAUGAGGAAGACGAACUCUCUAGUGCCAGAUCCUGCAUAUGACGGAAAAACACUGGCCAUUCCGGAAGCAGAGGAUGAUGCAGAAAUCAGAGCAAAAUACAGACCGUUCAUCACAAGUCCUGAGGUGACGAGCAGCGAUUGGAUCGCAAAAUCAGAACUCAGCACUGCAUUGAAAAUGGCCGAGGCAGAUAUGGAGAAGACUGGUGGAGACAGAUUGAAGAUCCUGGUUUUAUACGGCAGUCUACGCGAGAGAUCGUAUUCGCGUCUAUUAGCUUUCGAAUGCUCGCGGAUCCUCUGGCGUCUUGGUGCUGAUGUUCGUGUUUAUGAUCCCUCAGGUUUGCCUGUCAAGGACGACGUCCAACAUCAACACCCGAAAGUUCAAGAGCUUCGUGAACUCAGCAAAUGGAGUGAUGGUCAUGUCUGGGUAUCUCCUGAGCAGCAUGGAAAUCUCACUGCGGUUUUCAAAAACCAGAUUGAUUGGGUUCCGUUAAGUACUGGAUCCGUCCGACCAACUCAAGGCCGUACGUUGGCAAUCGCUCAAGUCUCUGGAGGUUCGCAAUCUUUCAAUACGGUCAACUCUCUUCGAAUUCUUGGCCGAUGGAUGCGCAUGUUUGCUAUUCCCAACCAGUCUUCGGUCCCCAUGGCUUAUACUCAAUUCACCGAUGCUCAAGAUCCGGCAGACCAUGAUGCCUUUGUUCAAGCCGAAGGAGGCAGUAGACUCAAACCAUCAGGCAACAGAGAUAGAGUUGUGGACGUCAUGGAAGAGUUGUUCAAGUACACUCUAGUCAUGAGACAACAUUUCGACCUCUUUGGAGAUAGACACAGUGAGCGCAAGGAGCGAGAAGUGAAACGAUUGAGGGAGAUCGAAGUCACGAAAAAGGAAGAAAAGGCAGGAGUAGAAGGAAAUGCGACUAGCAUGAUCACGGCGAAUACUGUGAACGGCAUUGAUGUUAAGGGAGCUUAA